UGACAACGUGAAACGUCUAUCCAAUUCGUCACUAGCAAUUUCUUCAUUGUUCUAGGUCUGAUAAUCUCGGGAUUUUAUAUCAUUUUAUGUCGGUUUUUUAUGGUGUAUGGUGAGGCCAUAUUGUCAUUUUCUUGGUGUUCCGAACAAUUUUAACAUUUAAAUAUAACCUAUUAAUAUAUAUAUUAUCUAGUGUUCAAUUUAAUACAAUAAUGUCCCAAUUCAUGUCGCCAAUGCCUUCAAGAGAAUUCCUUUGGGAUAUUUUUCAGAGAGUGGAUAAAGAUCGUAGUGGUUACAUUUCUGCAGAUGAGCUACAAAUUGCCUUGUCAAAUGGCACUUGGACUCCUUUCAAUCCAGAAACAGUUCGUCUCAUGAUUGGUAUGUUUGACAAGGAGAGUCGUGGUACUGUGUCAUUUGAAGAUUUUGGGGCCUUAUGGAAAUAUGUGACGGAUUGGCAAAACUGUUUCCGUUCGUUUGACAAUGACAACUCCGGUAACAUUGACAAGAACGAGCUGAACCAAGCUUUGACAACUUUCGGCUACAGACUGAGCCCCAACACUGUGGACACACUGCUGCGCAAGUUCGACAGGUUCGGGCGAGGCACUAUCCUCUUCGACGACUUCAUUCAGUGCUGCAUUAUAUUAUAUACCUUGACUUCAGCAUUCCGGCAACACGAUACAGACCAAGAUGGUGUCAUCCAGAUCCACUAUGAGCAGUUCCUCAACAUGGUGUUCAGUCUCAAGAUAUAAUCUUCUCAACUGUACGGUUAAAGGAUCUGCUCAUCAAGAUAUUAAACUAUUAAAUAGAAACCAUUUAUGUACGCAUUUGUGAUCUUCUAAAUUUCAUCAUAAAUUAACUAAAUACUUUUAAAACGUUCAGUUUCAACUACAUUUUUUAUGUUAUCACAUAUGCAUACAAGUUACAGAAAUCUUCAUGUAGGCUACUCUAAAAGAGCACAAUUUUUUUUAUAUGCCUUAUUCCAGUUUAUAAACAUAGUCUUUAAUCAAGCGUUCUAAUUUUAAGUCAAUUAAGACCUGCACCCAGACUAUCCCUGUAUGAUAUUUUAUUCGGUUUUAUUUUCUUUUUUGUUAUAAAUAAUUAUGCAUAAAUGGUUUAUUAAGAACUCUUUUUAUAAAUCAAAUAGUUUUUUUUUAAUAUUGCUAUUUAAUCCUGAAAUUUGAAUAGAGAUAAAUAUUGUAAUUCAAUUAUUAUUUACUAAUGUUUUUGAAGUUUGAAUAUUUUAAUUGUGGAAAUAUGUUCUAUGAAAUAUGAAUAUUUUGUUUUCUUGGAAAACAAUGACAGGCUCAAUAUUUUUGUUGUUUUUAAAUGUUACAAAAAUAGGUAGCAAGAUACAAUUCUGAGAUCACUUACAGUUGAUAAUUUAACAAAGAGCUUUCAAAGGGAUUUAUUGUAUGCUUUAUAUUACAUUUACUUUAAUUUAAAUGUGAGUAAUAUAUUAACCACUUAGUAAGUUUUUGCUACAGUUCAUUGUAUUAUAAUGUUGAAUAUGAUGUAGUUAAAAAUUGAAUAUUUAGUAAAACAAUUAUAUAAGAUACAAUGUUGCAUUUGUGGAAUUAAAAGUGUUUUUGCGAUUGCUUCCAAAGUAACAGCUAAUAUUAAUAAUAUACAUAUACUUAACACUAUUUAAAUAUCCAUAUUUGUAUCAAUUUUAUAUACACAUUUAAAACAUUUUUUAACUGCUUUAAUUCCUAAAACAAACAUGGUUUAUAUCCUUUCAUACUUAACACAUGUUAAAAAACAUUUUUAAGCAUAAACAAUUACAACUACUGAUUAAUGAAACUUAAAUAUGUAAACUAUCCUGAAAUGAAUUUAUAAUCAUAAAACACAAUUUUAACUGUAUAUAGCACAGUCCAAAUAUCACUUCAUACGUGUUAUUCUGUAGCAAAAAGGCACAUUAUUUAAGUAUUGAACAAUGUUUGUAAAUGGGAAGUGUGUAUUGUGUAAACCACGAAACAAGACUGUAUUUUAUUGUGCUUUUUAGUUUGGAAUCUCUACUACUGAAUAAUACUACUGUUAGAUGAUAUUAUUUCUUGUUGAGUUGAAUAGUUGUUACUAUGUUAGUGUUGUACGGUGGUGGUUGUAUGUAUUUGUUAUUGGAAUCAGUUUUACUGUUAUAUCUAUAUUUGCCUCUUUUGGUGUGAAAUAAUUCUGUCUUGUCACAGUUCAGAUGACAAUAAAUAGAAGUAAAUAUUAAGGAAUGAUUGUUAUUAUGUACAAGAGUUUAUGAAAAUGCUGUUCUUUAUAUUAAUAUGAAUGAGCUCAUUUUUUUAUACUCUAAGUGCAUCUUUAAUAAUUUUAAAUUAUUUAAAUUGCAAUCUAAGUUUGAUUAAUGCCAUAGCAGGUUUUGAAUGUGUUCUCAAAACUUGUAUAUUUCUGUUAUUUAGAAUCAAUUGGUAAUUAUGUUUUAUAAAGUAUUAUGAAAUUUUAUAUGUGAUAUAGUAUUACAAUGUUUAUUUACAUUGAAUAAUUUGUCUACUAAAUUGAUUUAUGAACAAUAUAAAGCAUUUAUUAUAUUUUCUCUCAGGGAAUCAAAAACUUACAUUAGAGGUAUAAAUAUUGUGUUACCAAAACUGUUUUAAGUUCCUUUGCUGUCUAGAAUACAAGGCCAACACAUGUACCAUAGCAUUAAGAAACAUGGAAACUGUUUAAUAUGACUUAAAAUUGAUUAACAUGUAAAAAUAUAAUAUUGGAAUCGCACAUUAAUGUUGGACCUAAAACACUAUCCCAAGUGAUCGGUUGGCAAAGUUAGGAAAUCCUGAAUGUAAUCAUGGGUAAUUUACUUAGAACUUUGAAUGUAUUGGUGAGACAAGACCAGUGAUAUGGAAGAAAUAAGAUUAGUUGCGAUGAUCCCAAUAAAUAUUUUAAUUUACAGUUUAUUCCUUGAUUAGAUUUUUAUGUCCUACGGUGAUGUGAUGUGCCUCUCACAUAAUGUAACAAUAUAAAAGUCAAGGCACUUUCAUAAGUCAAUAACUGUUCUUGAAUCCUCAUUGAUUAUUUAAUUUUUAGGAGAGUAAAUUAUUGAAGAAUGUAUGAGUAAUAAUCUGUAUUGUUAUUAUUAGUUAAUAUGUUAGGUACACAAAAUAAUAUAUUUUGUCAAAUAAAA